AUUUGCUGUUGCCAGGCAACGCCAUACAGUUUCACAUCCGCAUAGUCCGUUGUGUGAAUAUAACAUCGUCGAGGACACAAAGGAAGUUUCACUGAGUUUCAUGCCAUCCCCACUUUUCGUGGUUCCAAAUGGUUCCAGUUUGGUUCGCUUGCGCUAGAUGUGCCCCUCCACAAAACGACCAUAGCACAGCAUAUUUUCGUCCUCCUCGCACCUCCUUUCCCCCCGCGUACCUCAUCUACGCGUCCCUGCCUUCAGAGUUCAGUCGCGUAGUUGAGUUCAGAAUUCUAUGCUGUUCUGAUUGUGCACAGAAAGUUAUCACGGAUAUUCUUUAUAUAAGAACACAACAAUUAGGAUACUUUCUUACUAAUUUUCCGUUACUUCAUUAGUGUUGUAUCAAUAAAACUGUUUGACAGUUGUUGUCAUAGAACUUCGGUUCGUCUAUAUUAUACGCACCGAAUUCCAGCGCUUAGUUUAAAUUGCUAGCCAUGCUUGAUGAAAAUGAAAAAUGUGUCUGAAGCCGAGACAUUAAGGCAGGUCAACGACGAAUCCUGCUCAAGUGACGACGAAUCACUUCCAUUGAGAUGUUGGGAUUGCAACGUGAACUUCACCUCUAAGAUCUAUCUAUACAAACAUCUCUUUCAUCACAUCAAACAGCCGAAGGUGAAACUUACCAAAGUUACCCUUCCGCCCCUGAAGAUAACCCUGAAGAAUACCAAAGGGAACAGCUUCGAGAUUGUCCAGUCUCCCUCGUCGGGGAGGGGAUCGGACUGUGAGUCUGACAAGCUGGAGGAAGAGGACGGAAACGGGGAGAAGCAAGAGAACGUCAAAGUGGCAGAGCAAGGUGAUACUGCCGACAUCCGUACGAGUGCAGGCGACGAAACCGAAGCGUCGCCAAUAUCUGCCUCCCAACUGGAAGGAUCGGAGGCAGAGCUGGACGAAUUCGACGCCGCCACCCUAGAGGAUAUCAACGGUAUCAUCGAGAGCGAGACGGGGGGUAGCGGGACUGAACAAGAGGCAGGGGGUAACAGCUGCGGCGAAGACGAUAUGGUCACAGGUCCGAUAAUCACGGAGGUCACUGAAGACUCCGAAGCAGAAAAGACGUCCCUGAACAAGAACAAUUAUGAAACCAUACCAGGGGCUGAGCCCACUCCACCACCGGAUCCUUCACCGGAUUCUUAUCCGAAGAUUAGAAUAAAAACCACAGGACUCUUGAAAGAUCCCAUAGAAUCAACCUGCACCAUUACGGAAAUAACAGAUGAUAACCCCAACGGAAAUUCUCACCAAGAUUCAUCAAAUGGGAGUCACAUGUGGUCAACUCCUUCUUUGGAGGAUCCUUUGAAGUUACCAGAAUCUGAUGAUAAUAUCCUAUCCCUUUUCAACAAUAAUGACAGAGCAAAGGACUUUGGUUUCACUACUAGUGAUAGUGAAUAUAUUUCCUUGGAUAGAUUGGAUAAUAGAAAUAAUAGCGGAGCACUGCAAUUGUAUAAUCCACCAACUUCUUCGGGGAGUCAAAACCCCUUGGAUUCUUUAACUGGAUUACCUAUGCAAGCCUUGGCUCAGCAGGUAUCUCGUUUGCAGCCAUCAGGAAGUGGAAUGCACCAACAGAAUGUUUUAAUAAAUAUCCAACAGUUCCCACAGGCACCACCCCAGGCUCCUUAUCAGCCACCACCUAUGUACCAUCAUUCGGGCCAACCGAUGUAUGGACAACCAUAUCAGUACCAACCUCCUAAUCCAAUGUAUUACCCCCCUGGGCCAACGUAUCCACCACCUCAACACAUGCAACAACCCCCACAACUUCCCCAGCUGACUGGGAUGGGACAACCCAUGAAUCAACCGCCAAUGAACCAGCCAAAUCAGAUGGGACAACCGCCUAUGAGUCAGGCACAAGGAAUGCCUCCAUCAUCACAAGGGGGAUCACAAAAUCAGGGACCCAUGGCACAACAGCAGGGACAGUUCAGACAGACCAUACCCCGGCUUCAAGGCCCACGACAACCGAUGCCUGGUCAGAGAAUGCCUAUGGCACCCAGACAGCCAAUGAAUCAAAGAGCUCCUAUGGCUACAAGACAGCGCGCACCGAUGCCUAGACCGCGAGGCGGACCGAUGUCGGGCAUGCGCGGCGUGAGGCCGAGGAUGCCAAACGGUCCCACGAACACCCAGUUCCGAAACGCAAAUCCUAUGAAGAGGCCCCAGGAUGCCAUAAAGCAGGAACAAAAUAUGCAGGCCAAGAAGAAACGUUUCGACGUCUUGACGCCAGACAAGGAUGACGACGACUGUCAGGUGAUCUGCAUGCAGCCCAAGAACACGGACGGUUUGCCGCAAAUAGAAAGUGUUCAGGGUGCAACAUCAGAAUCUGCAGAGAACAGCAUUAUGCAUCUGUCGGAUUCUAUAACAUUGUCGGUUAGGAAUCCUCCUCCAAAACCUGCCAGUCCGAAAAAAUCUGACGCCAAAGCUGUGGCCAAUAUUUUGGCAACUCGUGGCAUAACUGUUACACCUACAGCUAAGCCCAAAGAAAAACAAGAUAGUCCCUCAAAAAGCCCGUCUCCACUCAAUUUGAACGGAGCUGUCAGUAUUAUUCCUUCCGCAAAACAACAAGUUAAAAAGUCGCAAGAUUCCCAACUUCCUACGGUGGAUCUAACAGAUGACACACCUCACUCAGGACCGAAAUCACCUAAUUCCCCUCAAAAAAGUAGCGCUAAUUUUGGACUUCCCUACCGCUGUCAUUUAUGCCCCGCUCAAUAUCCCAAUGCGUUAGGUCUCACGAAACACAAACAGAAUUACCAUAAAACAUCAGCUGGAAGUAUAGAUAUGGGAAUACCUUUGAUCAAUUUGAAACAACCUGGUGUUCUCCAAAAACUGGGCCAGUUGGGUAUUCAUAAUUUCAUCCCACUUCCCACCCCGCAGCAAGAUGGAACCUUUGCUAUUCCAAUAAUAAACACGAGGAAUCCGGCUAAUGUCCAGGCGAUUGGUGCUACAAAUAUGCUCAUAUUAGGGCCUGUCAAGGCAAUUCCACGCCCGGGUGCCCCAAGUGCUGCCGCUAAUACUCAGAAGGCGCCAGUUCCUCAGCAGAAAUAAAUCUGAUAUAAAAUCGAAAACUGCUUUGGACUUUUAUGAUGAAUUUCUAUCCUUGUCAGAGGAUGAGAAGACUGGUCCCAGUGCUUGCUGCAAAAAUUGUAUAUACAAAUAUGUAGUAUUCAUAUCUUAUGUUCCUUACAAAACAAGUUACGUUGUUUGUUGUUAAUAUAAAUUUUAUAGAUUUUUGGGGAAUUUGACGGAGUAACCUCCAUUUCCCAAAAAUUUCUAUUGUGUUCUAUGAAUACUUUGUACAUAACUAUAUAAUAUUCAUUUUCGAUGAAUUUUUUGCAAAAACUGCAUUUAUUUCAGAAUUUCUUCCUGGGAGAUCAUGAUCCCUGUAAAGGGAAUUUAUUUUGUUACAUUGAAGAUAAAUUUUGUUUCAUUUGAAUAGACUGAUAUGUUUCUUAUUAAUGUGCAAUCAUUGUAAAUAAUUCUACUCAUAUUUUUGUACAAAGGUACAAUUUUUGUGAUAACCUAAUAAAAGAACAGAUAUUUUUAAGAAA